CAUCCACGCAGCAGGAAAGCUCGCCGCUAUUUAUCACCGCACCAGCGAUUCCCCCACUCCCCAAAAAAAAAAAAAAAAAAAAGCAUCGCGCCCGUGUGGACGCUGUGGAUGCGUUUCGCUCUCGCAGCUUCAGAUCCUGUUGAUCGUCGGAGGAGGAGGAGGAUCGAGACCCAGGGACUGGAUGUGCUCUUUCUCUGGCUUCCCAACUGUAGAUAGGACCCGAUGUUUUCGCCUCUUCGUCGACUGGAGGGAUAGCAAAACCCCUGUGUUCCGAGGCGUCCUUCUCCCGUCACGCGCGUGAUUCUCUCUAUGCAUCAUAACGCGAUUCAUGGUGGGAGCGAUUCUUUUCAUCAAUGUGCAUUGAUGUAGCAGAAAACGUGGACGAGAUAAGAAGCCUUAUCUCAGCACCUUGGCUAAGGAUUUCAUUGAGGACCCGCUCACAGGACUUCCACUCUUGUCUGAACCGGGAAUUACACGUCCAAACUGGGAUCUAUGAGCGGCAAAGUGGCGAAGCCUAAAGAAGACAAGGAUGCUGCCAAGGUCCAGGAUGACGCUGCCCCAGGUACCCAGGAGUACAUUAUGUUACGGCAGGACUCCAUCCACUCCGCGGAUAUAAGGAGUAAAGGGUCUCCCUUUCGUGCUAAGUGUCACGAAAUCUUCUGCUGCCCACUGAAGCAAGUCGUCCACAAAGAGAGCACUGAGCCAGAAGAGCCCCAGCUGAAGGGGAUCGUGACAAAACUGUACAGUCGACAAGGCUUCCACCUCCAGCUGCAGGCAGAUGGAACCAUUGAUGGAACCAAGGAGGAGGACAAUGGUUACACCAUGUUCAACCUUAUUCCUGUGGGUCUGCGAGUGGUGGCCAUCCAGGGCGUGCAGACCAAACUCUACCUGGCUAUGAACAGUGAGGGCUACCUUUACACAUCAGAACACUUUACACCAGAAUGCAAGUUUAAGGAGUCGGUGUUUGAGAACUACUACGUGACAUACUCCUCCAUGAUUUACCGGCAGCAGCAGUCGGGCAGGGGCUGGUACCUCGGUCUGAACAAGGAAGGCGAGAUCAUGAAGGGGAAUCAUGUCAAGAAAAACAAGCCAGCAGCCCACUUCCUUCCCAAACCACUAAAAGUGGCGAUGUACAGAGAGCCAUCCCUCCAUGACCUAACAGAGUUCUCCCGCUCUGGUAGCGGCACGCCCACCAAGAGUCGGAGUGCCUCGGCUGUGCUGAAUGGAGGCAAAGCUGUGAGCCAGAACGAGUCCACGUAGCCCGCCUUCGAGGGCUGAACCACGGAAACCUUACCUCCAGCAGAGCGUGAAUCCAAGCAGACCUUCUCUUCUAUCGGCGAUUCAGGACUAGUGACAUAUCACACAUGUUGUCAGCGUUCAAACUUAGGCCUCAUCUGCUCCAUUGUACAUUUUGAGUGACACAUAGGCAACAUUGAGUUGGGCUUAUUCAUUUGAUCAUCUUUCCGUGAGGCACUCUUAAAACCACUUCAUCUACUUCUGCCAGACAGGGAUGAGAAGUCAGGCGUGUUCAGGAUGAACCAGUGGUGGCGCUGCUCUGAAUAACUGCAGCGGUACGGAACCUACACUGGUCUGACUCAUCCAUGCUUCUGUGAAUACAAAAGCCUAUAAACUCCCUGGUGUGGUGCAGACCGGCCAGACGGUAGCUCUCCUGCGUCCUCGUGCACACGCUCACAGAUUGAGCUCUAGCAUGGGAAAGCGAAGCCUAUGUUCUUCUGACCUGAGUGAUCAGGCAGUGUGGCUCUUGCAGUUUUUUUUUUUUUUGGUUGGUGCAGAAAAGCCACUGCUGCACUUUGGCUAUUUUUCUUUUCUGAAUUUUGGCUGCAAGGUUGCUCCUUUUUCGGUCUCCUCUUGUCGUCCUCCCCGGCCAUUGUUCAGUACUUGUGUUUCGUUGCUGUUGCGCCACUGAUAAAGGGGUUCCAGCAAACCAAAGACUGAACGAAAGAGUGUCCCUUUAAGCUGAUGAAAAGCGAUCCAGGAUAAAGGCAAAGCUGGGUUGAUUUUCCGUUGUACAUUUUCGAUCCUUUUUUAUUUGGAACUAAAGCGAAGAGCGAUGACUUAAACCGUUGGUCCGACGGAGGCGUGCUCGGUUUUACACCGUUUUUCUUUUGCUGACGCGCACGACCACGGUUUAGAACGACUCGUCAGUGUCUUCGUUCCCUUUAGUUCUACUUUGUCUGUCUCUCGUCCUCGUGAUUUGUUCGGAACCCUUCGUGCUUGUGUCAUCCGCCUUCAACCCUUUUGUCCUGAAUUUGAGUGGAAACUCCUGUGGCGUUGUUUUAAAUACUUCCUUCAAGGGCAGGAUUUCAGCUAUUAUUUUGCAUUUUAAGAUGAUUUUUUUGAAACACUUUAAAUGCUAGCAACCAUUUAUGAUACAUCACGCAUCCAAUAAUUGUCCACUUUGCAUCAAUUUAGUAUAUAAGAUUUAGUGUAUCAACUUUCUAUUUUAAUAUCAUUAACCCGAUGCAGCUACAGUCUGACUCCAAGCACAAUUAAACCUUCUUUUAAUCAAAACAUCUGUCCAACAUCAAAAAAAAUCCUGCUUUUGAAUGAAGUCAGUAAAAUAACUUCAUGUUUCCCCGUAGAUUUACGGUGAAAGCCCCUCCCCCCUUGGGAUGCUUGUUAUGUGUUUGAGUACUAUUGUGGUGACUUUUUUUCUAUAUAAAAAAAAUACUGUGGACUUUUAUGUGGCUUAACAUUUUAUAGGACAUGUCAUAUUUGUAAAAGUACAAAAAAAUGAAUCCCUCUCUUGCACAGGGCAUGUACAAACACAAUUAUGUACAAAACAGCCCCCUCUUUUUGUGGGCAAUGUACUCUUCCCUUAUUUAUUUCUGGUACAUGCUUUAGGGAGACUGACUUUUCUGGGUUUCCUCUGAAGGGGGUUUGUAUCUGUUGCAUGGGAGAAGGCAGGGAUUUUUUUGGUCUAGAGCUGCAUGAUGUAGGCUUUGUGUAUUAACCCAUGUUGGAUCAUGUGUUCUGAACUACAAGGCUAAAUCUGAUGAAAAACAAACAAACAUUAAGGCUGUCGGAUAACUUCCAGUUGAUUAUUAUUUGUUGUAUACACAAAAAUGCACUGAAUAAACUGUUUAUAAUAA